AUGUCCAUAAUAAUGUCGGAUAUGCCUUGUUUACCCGGUAUUUCCGUCAAGGCUCAACUUGUGGUAACCGACAGCAAAGCACAUUGGAUCAUUGCCUUCGUCGCAUACGAUGCCCGCAACAAACUUGAUGAUUGUAUGUAUGCGACCUUCACAGAAGACAUAUUGAAUUGGACCCGAAAACACCCACAGCGUAUCUUAAAAACCAUUGAAUUUCAAGUCAUUGUUCGUUGUCACAGCAUCGAAGAGGUGAAACCUCAUCUCUGGUAUCCAGGACACAUAUGUUGUUCCGCUUCAUGGGCGUAA